CGUUCAAACAUAACAGCUGUCUGUUUCUCUGACACUUGGCCGUGUUUUUUUUAAUAGCAAAAUAACACAAUAAAUUUGGUGUCACAGUCAAAAUGUGGUUCGAAAUCUUACCAGCCGCCGCAAUCAUUACCGUGGCACUCUCCGUGCCCAUAUACGCAAUGUAUGGUCUGCAGAAGCUGACAUUGGGCAACGCCUAUCGCCGCAACAUGGACGAACGCUUCGACCGUGUUAUGUAUCAGCGCGAUUUCCGACUGACCAACAAUCCCUACCUAAUGAAUGGUCUGAAGGAGAUUAAAGAGGAAGACGAGUACGAAAAAGAGAAGAAAGAGAGAGAAAAGAAAAAAGAUCAGGAUAGCAAAGAGAAGAAACAAUAGUAAUUAAAUAUAGUUAUUGUUGAUUUGAAAUAAUGAUUUAUGUAGCUGAGCUUUGUAAACAACUGGAAUAAACUGAACGGGAGAA